CCUGGCAGUGCGCAAGCGCGGCUCCGCCAUGGGUGGGAAGGGAGUCCCCGGGGUCCCGGGGGUGCGGCCUCACGGUGUGUACCGACUCCCCUCCACCUCGGGGGAGAGCCCGCAGUCCGCUCCCACCGGCUCCCCGACCUUCCGCGAAAUUCUGCACUGCGUACGCGUGGAGGCGCUUGUGGGGCCGGAGUCUGCGCCUGCGCUGCGCUGCCGGGGCUGGGACUGGGACUGGGACAAAGCCUGCUUAUGAUCCGCGCUGUCGCCGCCCCGGGCUGCUCGGACCCGCUGUCGGAACCCGGCAAGCUCCCGGGGACUGCAGUGCGAUCCCGACCACGUAACGUGCUUGGUGUUCGGUGACAGGGUAUUGGAAGAGGAUUUGCAGUCCAGAUUGGAACUGUUACACUGUCAGAGAAGACGUCACUGAACACGGAGGUUUUGAGCAAUCAGUCAACCAGCCCGAGGAAAGGCCUGACCAGCCUACAGGUAUUCACGUUCCUGACGAACCGGCAGGUUACUCAUGCUAUUGAAGGAAUGAAUUCCAUACCCCAGAUUGAAAUUCCGGUUUUAAGCUGUGUGACUAAGAAGCGUUUCACUGAUUUUGGUCUGUUGUGUGACUAGGAAACAUUUGACUGAUUUUUUUUCCCCCUCAAUUUGGAAGAUAUUUUCAGUCACACCAAUGAAACAAUUCCAGUGUUCGGACUGUGGGAAACACUUCAAGCGAUCGAAUGCCCUGCUGACCCACCAGCGUAUUCACAGCGGAGAGAGGCCGUUCACCUGCUCCGAGUGUGGGAAGGGUUUCACCCGGUUGGCCUACCUGGUGAAUCACAAGCGAGUUCACACCGGGGAGAAGCCAUUUACCUGCUCGGAGUGCGGGAAGGGUUUCUCUCAGUUAUCCACUUUGCUGACACACUGGCGAACUUACACCGGGGAGAAGCCAUUCACCUGCCCUGUAUGUGGGGUGGGAUUCAGCCGGUCGUCCAACCUGGUGACCCACCAGCGAAUCCACACCGGGGAGAAGCCGUUCACCUGCUCUGAGUGCGGGAUGGGAUUCACUCGCUCGUCCAACCUGCUGACGCACCAGCGCGUUCACACUGGGGAAAGGCCUUUCACCUGCUCAGAGUGUGGCAUGGGGUUCACUCAGUCGUCGCACCUCGUUUCCCACCAGCGAACUCACACCGGGGAGAAACCGUUCACCUGCUCUGACUGUGGGAUGGGGUUCAGUCGGUCGUCUCACCUGGUGACACACCAGCGGGUCCACACCGGGGAGAGGCCCUUCACCUGCUCCGAGUGCGGGAAGAGGUUCACUCAGUCCUCAAACCUGAUGUCGCACCAGCGCGUUCACACCGGGGAGAAGCCGUUCACCUGCUCUGAGUGCGGGAAGAAAUUUACUCUGUCGACGCAGCUGCUUAGACACCAGCGAGUUCACACUGAGGCGAAAGUUUUUAUAUGUAAAAGAUGUGGAAAGGAAUUAUCGAGAGCUUCUCAACUGCAUAUACAUAAGCGAAUUCACACCGGAGAGAAACCCUUUACCUGCUCAGGGUGUGGGAGGGGGUUCACAGAGUCAGCUAACCUGAAAAGGCACCAAAAAGUUCACUCAAGCGAGAGGCCCUUCACCUGCUUCGAAUGUGGGAAGGAAUUCAUUGAGUCAUCCAACCUGGUGACUCACCAGCAGGUGCACACCAGAGAGAAGCCCUUCCACUGCUCCGAGUGUGGGAAGGGAUUCAGUCGGUCAUCCCACCUGCUGAUACAUCGGCAGGUUCACAGUGGGGAGAGGCCGUUCACCUGCUCCAACUGCGGGAAAGGGUUCACCCAGUCUACCUAUCUGAUGAUGCACCAGCGAGUUCACACUGCUGACAGACCAUUCAUCUGCUCUGUCUGUGGGAAACCACUGGCUGAUUCCUCUCAACUACUGAUACACCAGCGAACCCACACAGCAGAGAAACCAUUCAUCUGCUCUGAGUGUGGAAAGGGAUCUGCUCACUCGGCCAAACUGAGGAGACACCAAAGGGUCCACACAGGGGAGAGACCGUUCAUCUGCUCCGAGUGCGGGAAGGGCUUCACUCAGUCAUCCUCCCUGCGGACGCACCAGCGUAUUCACACGGGGGAGAAGCCGUUCACAUGUACCGAGUGUGGAUUGGGAUUCAGCACGUCGUCCAUCUUGGUAGCCCACCAGCGAGUUCACACUGGGGAGAGACCGUUCACCUGCCCCGACUGUGGUGUGGGAUUCAGUCGGUCAUCCCACCUGCUGAGUCAUCGACGGAUUCACACCGGGGAGAAGCCGUUCACCUGCUCUGACUGUGGGAUGGGAUUCAGUCGCUCCUCCAACCUGCUGAAACACCGGCGGGUCCACACUGGGGAGAGGCCAUUCACCUGUGCAGAGUGCGGGAAGGGUUUUAUCCAGUCAUCCCACCUGCUCACGCACCAGCGGAUUCACACCGGCGAGCGGCCGUUCACCUGCACCGAGUGUGGGAAGGGAUUCACAGAGUCCUCCAGCCUACUCACCCACCAGCGGGUCCACACCGGGGAGAGACCGUUCACCUGCUCCGAGUGCGGUAAAGGAUUCACUCUCUCUUCUUACCUGCUGAAGCAUCAGCGUGUUCACACCAGAGUGAGACCAUUCACGUGCUCCGAUUGUGGGAAGGGAUUCAAAGUCUUUUCCAAGCUGCAGGAACACCAGCAAGUCCACACGGGGAAGAAGGAUUAAUUGUGCCGUGUCUGGCAUCACAGCUGCUGAAACGCCUGCGGAGUUUGGAUUCUGCUCAUUCCCAGCACUGGACCAUCGUUAUUGUGGGUACUUGGAGAUUAUUUCUGCUGUUGUUAUCAGUCUUUACAACUCGGCCUGAAUUUAACAUUCUGGAUCUCAGCCAAAUAAACAUCCUCAAUUUUAUGCGAACUGGGCCAGAUUGAGCUCGGUUUUCGUACGGUUUCUGAUUGGGGCCUCUGCUGACCCUGCCUGUUGUGCUCCUGUCUCUAUCAACUAUUCCCUGUCCCAGGUCGUAACCACCCUCUCAGUAUGUUAUAUACAUUAAGCUGAACACUAAUAACAUAUGUGUACAGGGAACUGUCCCGAUUUACUGUGCUGUUAAUACAUAAAAUUAUAGCAAAACCCUACUGCACUGAAUACAACAUGUAUUACACCUGCAAUACCACAGUGUUUUAUUUUAGGCAUCUGUUAGUCUCAUGAGACCAUAAAUUUGCACCUUGGAAGGUUUCCGGGGUGCAGGUCUAGGCAAGAUUGUAUGCAAGACAGGCAAUUGCCCAUGCUACAAGUCUCCCCUCUCCACGGCACCGAUGUUGUCCGAGGGAAGGGCAUUAGGACCCAUACAGUUUGGCACCACUGUCGUCGCAGAGCAAUGUGUGGUUAAGUACCUUGCUCAAGGACACAACACGCUGCCUCAGCCAAGGCUCAAACCAGCGACCUUGAAAUCACUAGACAAACGCCUUAACCACUUGGCCACGCACCAACUACAGUGUUACAGGCCUGGAAAUGCCACUGGCCUGUUGGAAUGACGUACUUAUUACACCUCAACCAUCAGCAGUCAGGAAUUCACUCUCGCCAAGGUUGAAAUCAAAAGCUCUCCACCACUCUUUCCUCAUUUAAGUAAAACGAUUAACCGGGCUCUGCCAACUCGCACUUGUUCCUCAAUCAGACUCUGUUUACUGGCACUCAGGGAGAACAGCCUGGGCCCUGUCACCACGCUGUUCUGAGGUUUGAACACAGAAUGCCAUUUUCAAACAGAAUUGACAAACAGUUACAGAUUCUGACCAUUCGUGGUAAACUGUGUGUUCAAAUUCUUUAUUCGCAAGAUCAGUCAUAGUUCACACUAAAAAGUACAAGCUAACAACUGAUGGAACUUUGAAGUGAGUAAAGUGAUUGUCCCCUGGUUCGGGUGCGUGGCCUACCUCCUCUGUUACAUUCUUAUCUUGUCUCCGUAUUUUUUAUCUAUUGAGAUAUUUAGAAUAAACCCUCUGAGAUAUGUCACUCAGCAACCACCGAUUUAACUGGAGUGUAAUCAUGGGACAGUUUAGAAUGACCAAUUAACCUGCGUGUCUUUGGACUGUCGGAGGAAACCAGAGCACCCGGGGGAAACCCACGUGGUCAAGUGGGGAACAUACGAACUCCUUACAGACAGCAGUGGGAAUUGAACCCAGGUUCCCAGAACUGUAAAGUGUUGAGCCAACCACUACACUACCGUGACGUCAAAUGGCCCCAGUCCCCCCGCUGGGCAAAGGAGAACUAUGCUUUUCCAAGGCCUUUCUUGCCUGGGCUGACUGCCCACGAUCUGCAAUAAUCCUUGCCUGGCAUUAUGUCAACAUUUACUUUGCUGCAGCUUCCACACAAAGAGUGUGGUUGCAAUUAGGAAGGUAUUUGGUAGGUUGCCAGGUGAAAAGGUCUGUAUAAAAUAGGUAUUGAGGGUGAUAUAUUGGCAUGGAUAGAGGAUUGAUUAACAGAACUCAAAAAGGUUGCAAAUCUCUGAACGCUGUAUCCUUACAUUCAAGAUAAACCACUUGCCCAAACUUCCACUUCCUGUCAUCACAGGUUCCAGAUAUUUCUCACUGACAGCAACACAAUCCAACUCUGCACAGAGUUAUUGCUUCCGUAACUUAUGAAAAAAUAAGUAUUUUAUUCUGAAAUGCCAUAUAAAGCAGUGGCCUUAUAUUGCAACCUGUUUUUAAACAAAAUCUCUCGACAUCUGCAUCCCCUUCUGGGUUUCAAUCAAUAAUGCCACAUAAUUGGUGAGAGGCAAAAUGGCAAAGCUCGUGUAAUGCCCUGGUCCACAUCCUUACUGUUAUGCUGCAGGUAUUUCAUUUCACAGCUCUUUAAGAGCUGUUUGUUCUGAUUUCAGCCUGUUUGGGUUAUUGUUGAUGAUAAGGGAUGAUGUGGAAUGUGUGCCAUGUGCCAUCCAAUUAGCGAGAGGUUUUCUUAGUGAGGUACAAUAAGGUUGGGCUUGGGAUUUUUGUUCUAGAGGAGAUGAAGAGAGAAGACACUGGGUAGAACCGGUCAUAGCGUACGAUCUGGUGGGAGACCAAUUUGUUGGAGAUGGAUUGUGAGCGACGUUCGGAAGGUGGUGUGGGCGUUCACGUUGACCGAGGGCCCAGCGUGUGAGUGACAGAGAAGUUCAAGAUGAGCUCCAACUUCUGCACAUUUAACUGUUUAGUUAAAAUGGGCCCUUUUCUUUAUAUUAUUCUUUACUAACCCUUCAGUUAAGAGUCAUAAAUAUAAUCCUUUAAUCGUAUGCAGUGUACUAUCUGUUAUUCCGUGGCAUUAAUUUGUAACAGGGUAGCAAAUGACACAGCAUCCACACAAACCGAGGUUUGGGGUGGGAUCCAGUGCACCUCAAUCUCACGAGGUUGUUUUCCCUAGACUUACACAGCUAAGGAAACCAAGGUGGUUUCUCUAGUGUCUGUGUGACAGGGUAAAAUGCACAACCCUUAUUAUCCAGGAUAUGUAAUGAAGUGUCCACCACAAUAUUAAACUAAACAGAGGUUAUGGUUUAUUUGUUUUCUCCUCUGGUCUUAAUUCGAAUGGGUUUUGUGGAUUCAGACUGGCCCUCAGUUGUCAGCAUGGGAUUCAAAUCUGUGAAAUGAGCCCAAGAAAAUAACUGGGACCCCGUCUACAGAUUCUUCAGAACUCAAAAACUCAUUGAGUAACGUGACCAAUACAGUCAAAGGCCUUAGAAAAACUAACAAAAAUCACAGCCAAGAUUUUCAGAUUCCUUUUGGCCGUUCCAGAAGUGCAGGACGCCAAAUGGCCCAUCUAGUCUGCUCCACAAUUACUAUCCCUCUCUACAACAUUCUCCUACCUUCUCCCUGUAACAUUUAAUGUCUUUGCUAAUCAAAAGCCUAUCACCCGCUACUCUAAAUGCACCCAAUGACUUAGCAACCACAGUUGUCUGAGGCAGUAAUCGAGGUUUGAAAAGACCUGCACAGCAUCUUUCCUAAAACCUGAAAACACAACCCAAAAUCUGUUAUGUCAGUAGGCCCGGGUAUUUCUCCCUUAUUUCCUUUGGUAACCAAAGAUGCACCAGAAAGUGGACUGAGUCAGAGUAAAUUUAUUAUCAUCAAAUGUAUAUGUCUCCAUGGAGUAUACAACUGUGGGGUUUAAAAUAUACAGAUUGUGUAAUCAGUUCAGUGACGUAGUGAGUGAAGUUAUCUAUGUUGGUUCAGGGGUCUCGUGGCUGUAAAGCAAUAACUAUUCCUGAACCUGGUGAUGUGGGACUGAAGGACUGCGUAUCUCCUACUCCGAUGGUAGUGGCGAGCAGUGUUGCAUGGCCUGGGUGGUGGGGGUCCUCGAUGCUGGAUGCUGCUUUCUUGUUACAUUGCUCCUUGUAGAUGUACUCAAUGAUGGGGAGGGCUUUUCCUGUGAGUGACUGGGUCAUAUCGACCACACUCUGUAGACUUUUCCAUUCCUGGGAAUUGGUGUUUCCAUUCCAGGAGGUGAUGGAACCAGUCAGGAUGCUCUGUGCAUCUAUUGUAUAUGAGUUUGUCAAAAUUUUAGAUGACAUGCCAAACCUAUGCAAACUUUUCAGUGAAAAGGACUGAACUUUCUGUGUUUUGUCACUAAAAAACAUUGUGUGUAAUGUUCAUCAGUGUUUGGCAGUUCAUAUCUGUCAGCCAAACCCUUCAACUGCAAAAGCUAAACCUUCCCUGCUCCUAUUGCAAUCUCUGACUUUGCAAAUAUUGCCCUUGUCCAUCUUCAGUUUUGCAAGUACCUCUUGUAUCUUAAAUCAAUUUUUUAUCUCUCAAUCCAACCAUUAGUUUAACAACCAACACACACAAAAAAUGCUGAUGGAAUGCAG